AUAAAAAUUAUAACAACUAAAUUGAAAUGAUAACAAAUCUAAAUGAAAGAAAUUAAAAUGAAUUAUUUCUGAUUCAAUAAUCUACAUAAUAAUAAAACGUGUUUUAAAUAAUAAUAAUUAUGAAGCGUUUUUUAUUUAUAUUUCACAUAAACGUCUGACAGACUAACAGCAGAGCUCAUAAUAUGUCCUAUAAACUGGAAACACUGUACAGAUAUUCAGCUCUGGGUCUUUUUGGCUCCCAUCGUCGUGCUUUUACUCUGAAAAUCCAUGAGCCGUAUUGAUCGGGACUUCCGGUGUUUCCUGAAUGUGGGCGAGGCUCACACACAGCUGCGAGUCUCUCUUCAGGUUUUCUGUUUUAACAAGAAUUUAAAAAGAGAUAAAACACAGGAAAAACACAAGAGGAUAAAACGUUUUCUGCCAGGGAGAGGAAACGUGUUUUUCUUCACUUCCGGUGCAGAAACGUGCAGGACACUGACCGGCUCUGCUGCUGCAGGAUGUGAGAGCAGCUCGACUCAAAACACAGAAAACUGAAGGACAGGCACGCCUGAGCGGACGUCUGGAGAUCCACAGGAGACGCUCGGCUGCAGACAAACAUGUCUCUGUUCUUCUCUGGAGCUGUGACAAGUUCACCGAUCAAACGAAGGCUUCGGGGUCACUCCUGCCAGAGCCUGGACGUGUCCCUGCUCUCUCCCGAUUCCUCGUACGUCUGUUACUCCUCUCUGGACGGCGAUCCGAGCUCCUGCCGCCGCUCGCCUCGCCUCCUCACUAACGGAUACUACAGCGUGACGGAGGACAGCUUCUCCUGGGACCAAGACGGGAACGUCUCUCUGACGCCCUGCAAGACCAGCGUCUCCUACAAGGAGAACCUCGUCAGGGUUUUCCGGCGGCGGCGGCGUCCUCGCGGCUCUCUGGCUCGCCUGCUGAGCGACGUGACGGAGAGCUGCCAGUCAUGGCUGGACGAGAAGGUCUUCAGAGGCGUCUUUGGGACCGCACAGAACCAGAACCAGGAGCAAGACCUGGACCUGGACCUGGACCUGGAUCUGGAUCUGGACCAGGCCAGAAGCAGCCGGGACGAGCCGACCUGGUUGAACAGCACCGAGCUGGAGGACAGCCGCAGCUUCACCUUCGACCACACAGAGAUCCCGCCCCCUCCCGACAAAGUGGCCCCGCCCCCGAAGAUUAUCUUCCAAGAGGAGAUUUGCUCUGAGAUCUGUCAAUCGAAGUUCACCCAAUCCCUGGGUGGCCUGUCUGAAGUCCCGCCUCCUUCACCCUUCUACACCAAUAGCUGCUGUCCGGUCUCCCCUGAACACACAGGUUUAACGAUGAAGGCCCUCCUCCUCUUCAUCUUCAUCAUCUUCAUCUUCACGGCUCUAUACUCCGGGUGUCUCCUGUGGAGCGCCUCCGUCACGUCUACCGUGCUCCUGAUGAUAGCCACAUUUAUGCUCUUGACAAAGUCGGGUCCGCUGGGCGAGUGGAGGCGGGCGAAGACGGAGGACAUCACAUCAGGAAACGAGUAAAGGAGCGUCCGUUCCUCUGAAAGUGGAAGAGAGGUGUAGAAAUAUGUUUAACAUUUCGCCGUCUGCAUGUUCCCUGAAAGUGACUCUGAGAUCCGGAAAGCGUUUCACAGCAAACACGCUGAAGCUCUGCCUGGUAAUGGAAAGGUUUUGAAUGUAGAAACUUGAUCCAAAUAUGAUUCCUGCGCUGAGGCGCGUCAUCAAAAAGGGCUGAACCUAAAAUCUAACCAACGCUUUUUAUACAUUUAACCUUUAAAUCCAAUCAGAGCGCGGGGGAAGUUUGGUAAGAUUUUUCCUGAUGGCUUUUUAAAAGUCCCCCAUAAAUUGAACAGGAAAUGAGUUUAAAAAGCAAAGAUGGCGUGUUUGUUGCUAUACAUCUGAAGGAGCUCACAAACACAAACAAGUUAUUGUAGUUUAGCUAAAAUAUAUAUAUUGAAUAUGAAAAAACGUACCUGAUGUGUUCUUGAAAUACUGUAAGCGUAUCUAUUGUUCAUAAUAAUAGGUGAACUUGGCUUUUUUGAGCUGUCCAAAGUGAACAAAUUCAGGUGAAGCCUCACUUCUUUUCAAAAUAAGAGCUGUGACUUUUUUUUAUUAAAGAAAAAACUAUAAACGCACACCUGAAAAUCUACCUGGAAGAGAAGUGCUUUUUGAUAAGAGUUUCAUUCCAAAAUAAAGAAAUACACUUUCAAAGCAAAACAUAUUGAUGUAAAACGUUGAUCUUUUUAAAGCUGCACUGCCUCAGGUUUUAUUCUGGAAUUCCGAUUUCCUGGACAAAGAACGAGCUUGUUUUAAGUUUGUAAAAUGCAGCAUGAUAAAGAUAUGUUCAGUUAGUUAACAUGUGCAGAUUUAUCCAUACUGAUUGUGCAAUCUAAUCUAAAGUAAGCCUGAUUGAAACAGAGGAUUUAAUGAAUCCACUGAUCUGUGCAGCUUUAACAGUAAAAGACUUCAUGAAUUUCUGUAAUUUAAAAGUGAAAUAAUCAAGUUUUGGUGCGAAACUCUUCUGCUGAUAAGUGCCUUUAGUAUCAGCCAGCAGUGCAAACAUGAAAUAUUACAGGGAGGAUUUGAAGAGGUCCUAUCCUGCUCGUUUUCAGGUUCAUAUUAGCAUUUCGUGCCUCUACUCUGACUCUCUGUUGAGAUUUGUCAACCACUUGGAGAUGUCCCGCCCCUUAGCCUAUCACGUACAAUGUGUUGAAGCGCUAGCCAAUAGGAGCGCGAGAGUUCCAUAGUGAUGUCACUUCUGUUCCGGAAGUAGAUAAGGAGCCCAAUGGAAGAGGUUUCAAAUAGGGAAUUUAGCCUUUGCAGACCAUUUACAUGCACUAAAGCCUGUAGAACACGCUAAAGGAAGGCGGAAUAUACAGGAAUAAGGCCUCUUUAAAGCGAAGUUGCUGCUAAAACAUUAAACAGUGUUAAAAUAAAGAAAGCUCUGUUUGAUUUAUGCUGCAGGGUGGAGUCUAGGGACAGUUUUAAAACCUCAAAAUAAAAAAAUAUUUGGCUUACAAAGAAUAGUGGGUAAGAAGAACAAGUACCUCAAAAUCUCACCUAAGUUCAGGCCUGAAAGUAAAUGUACAUUCCACCAGUGGCCAUGUUGAAUAGGUUUCAAAAUAAGCACGUGGUCCCGCUCUGGAGGAAAAUAAGAUUGUGUGUGUUCAGGAAAAGAAGUGCGGCUAAUAAAGGUAAAGAUAAACUCAGUACUGUAACUUUAUAAAGCUCUUUUUUAUUCAAAUGUAAUCAUGUUUGGACCUCAAACUAUGCCAAGAGUUUGUGUUCCCAGGAAUCUAAAUGUUUGAACUGUCUUUGAAUGAAUGACAAAGCCUACAUUUAAUUUAGCUUUAACAGUCUGAUACUCCUGCCACGUGUUAUAGGGUUUACUGGAUCGUGAAUAUCAGAAUCAGAAGUACUUUAUUUAUCUCAAACUGGGAAAAUGUUGUUGUUGCAUCAAGUAGCAUUUUGAGUUCUGUUACACAAAGGGUUUCAUAUUUAGGACUUCAUUUAGUAACGCUCGUGUGACUGGUCCUUUUUCUGUGUCAAUCUAAAAUAAUGUGUGUCUUUAUUAAGUGCCAAAUGUGUAGAAAUACGACGAGUCAGGAGAAUCAAAUAUAAAAUCCAUCUUUAUAUCUAAUAUUUUAAUACGGCUCUGCGUUGUUUGGCAUUUUAAAGCUGCACUUAUUAGAAAUACAGUGUGUAAUGAACCCUGCAGCCUAAAGACUAUUUUAAGCUGCUUCUUUUGGGGUUUACUGUUGAAAGUAUGAGCUGGAGGUUGUCUUUUAGGAGGUGGUGGAGCCCAAAAACGAGAUAAAAAAUGAGCAUGGUCUUCUGGUGGUUAAACCUUUUGACGCAGCUUUAAAUGACCGAUGUGAAAUGUGUUUUAUAUAAAGAGACUUUACCUGUCAAAUAUUGCAUUUUCUGAAAUCUAAUUUAAUGACUUUUCUGGACGAGUCAAACCUUUAGAUGAGCUCUGGUGUGUGAUGUGAUGCAUCUAUUGUUAGUUAUGUUGUAAAUACACAUAUAUAUAUACUCAUAUUAAUGUUUGUUUCCAUUGACUGCACUUUUUUCCAAAGGUGGAAAUAUUAUAUUCUGCUUGUGAAGGCACUUAUUAUCCCUGCUUUAUUUCUUUUACUGUAGCCAUGUCAGAAAACUGUAAAAACCACCUUAAACGAGGCGCACACGAGAUCACUUAAGGCUUUCGGCUGAUGAAUUUGCUUCCAAAAUGAUUCCUUUCGGUGUCACUGCAUUAAAACAGUACACUGUCUCCAUUUAGGAGAAAUACUCUACAGAUUUCUCUGAGUAGUACUGGCCCUCGUCGGCCUGUUGGUGGCGCUGCGUUUAAAGGUUUUAUUUUCACAGUAUUUUGCGGAUAUAUGUUCCAGUUAAGCUGGAACUGUUUUGUUUUAUGUGAAUUUAAAUGAUGUUUGUCAUGCAUUCGAUCCUGUUACAAAUAAAUGAAAACAAACAGCGUAAA